UCUUCGCUGACUAAAGGAACACAUUUUUAUAUAAUGCGUGCUGUAAUUUUGUUGGGUUUGGGGCUAUUGGCUUCGGCGUCAGCUUUUGUGGAAGUAAAGUCUGGUUACCACCAGGAUGUCGGUAUCCCAACUGCUGAAUGGAUUAAGGCAAAUGAAGAGAAACGUUUAGCAGAGGCAGCGCAAGACGAGAGGAUUGUAGGAGGUGCUAUUGCUCCCGCUAACGCUCACCCUUACUUCGCUGGAUUACUGAUCAGUUUGGUCGGGGUAUCAGGAAACUCGGUGUGCGGGUCAACACUUGUAUCUACUAGAAGUUUGGUAACUGCCGCUCAUUGCUGGACCGAUGGCAGAAACCAAGCGUGGCAGUUCCUCGUCAUCCUCGGCUCGAACAUGCUAUUCACUGGCGGUACCCGCAUCGCCACCAGCAAUGUUAUCAUGCACCCGCAGUAUGUGGCUUCCACCCUCAACAAUGACAUUGCCAUGAUCUUGUUGCCUACCAGCGUAUUCCCCACCAAUAACAUUCAGCCUAUCAGCCUGCCUUCUGGUUGGGAUCUGUGGGAUCAGUUCAUUGGCAACUGGGCUGUUGCUGCUGGCUUUGGCAGAACUAGCGACCAGCAAGCCGGAGCAUCUACCAUCGUUAGUCACGUGAACCUGCAAGUGAUCAGCGUGGCUCAGUGCCAGGCUGUCUUCGGCAGUGUGUUUGUUCAGCAAAGUACGAUCUGCACCAACGGUGCUGGUGGCGUCGGCAUCUGCGGCGGAGACUCUGGUGGUCCUCUGGUCCUCAACCGCAAUGGAGUUCCCACUUUGAUUGGUAUCAGUUCCUUCGUGGCAGGUCUGGGCUGCCAGCUCGGAUUCCCCUCUGCCUUCGCCCGUGUCACCAGCUUCAACAGUUUCAUCCAACAGUACCUGUAAAUAAUAUGAGUCUGAAAAUAUAUUAUAUUAUACAUUUUUUUAUUUACAA